AUGUCUUCCCAAUCAACUGAGUUAACAAUUGAAAACAUCAAAUCUAUACCUGUUCCACAGUCUCCUCAAAAGUAUUCAAAAACACUAACUUGUGCUGUGCUUAAUAAGAGUCCAAUACGACCAACCAGAAAUAAUGGAUCCAUGUUCUCCAUGAAUCUUUGUGGUAGGGACCCGUCAUCUACAAUCCGAGCAAUAUGUUUCUCCGAAGGCAUGUUUUCUAAAUUUCAACCAAACACAACAUAUAAUCUUAAGCAAUUUAAAGUGAAGAAAGCAUUUGGCAAAUCCAGUUCUAAUGUUGAGUUGCUAGUAGACAAUGACACAAAUGUUUCCACUUCAACAUCGCAAUUUGUACUGGAGGAACACUCCUUUACCAUCUCCCAAAUUUUAAACAAUGAAACUGAAAAUGUUAGAUUCAUCAACCUUAAGGCUAAAGUAAUGAAAGUAGAUGAUUUAAUUGUAGUUGGCACAUAUCCAGAUAACAAAGCAAAGAGAAAUAUUCAUCUUGCUGAUCACUCAGGGCACAUUCAAAUGGUACUCUGGAGAGAUCGUGCUGAGAAUUCGCAAGUUGUCGAGGGCAACGUUUUGAGUAUCAAGAAUGCUGUGGUCUCCAACUAUCAUCAAGCAUUAAGCCUCACCAGCACAUUUGAGACCACAAUUACCAGUAUAGAUGAAGUGACGAUGGCUGCACCUGCGGAGGAACCAUCUUUAAAUUCCAAUGUGGUUUCAGUAUACUUGCCAUCAAAGAAUUCUUGUGUCAAUACAGCUGCAUUGGUUGUCGAAAGGACAUCAAUGUUGAUCCAUCUGAGGACAGUGUAA